CGCAUGCUCGGCAACGCGGCGGGUCUACAGAUGAGGGGAGUCGAGUCUCCCGCGCCCCACCAUUCCCGGCGGACCUGCGGCUGAGCCGCUUGUUCUGCGUCCUGACUGCCAAUAAAGUUUGUUAGAAAAAUCAUAGUCAUCCUUAAAAGAGCGAAAGAGGGCUCGAACCUGCUGGGCGGACGCACGGAGGGAGCUGGCGCGCUAGGAGGAAAAGGUGACGGCGGCGGCAGCGGUUGCGCCGCGACCAAGAAGAGCCGGUCUCGCUGGGCUGCGGGUCCUCGGCGGCCAAGGGGGACGAUUUAAGAAAGAUCUGAUCACCUGGAAUUAAAGUUGGUACAGAAACCUUUUCAACUCCAGAAAUGCUGGAGGAAGAUAUGGAAGUGGCCAUCAAGAUGGUGGUUGUCGGGAAUGGAGCCGUUGGAAAAUCAAGUAUGAUUCAGAGAUAUUGCAAAGGCAUUUUUACAAAAGAUUAUAAGAAAACCAUUGGAGUUGAUUUUUUGGAGCGACAAAUCCAAGUUAAUGAUGAAGAUGUCAGACUCAUGUUAUGGGAUACAGCGGGUCAGGAGGAAUUCGAUGCAAUAACAAAGGCCUACUAUCGAGGAGCCCAGGCUUGUGUGCUUGUAUUUUCUACCACAGACAGGGAAUCUUUUGAAGCAAUUUCCAGUUGGAGAGAGAAAGUAGUAGCUGAAGUUGGAGAUAUACCAACUGUACUUGUACAAAACAAGAUUGAUCUCUUGGAUGAUUCUUGUAUAAAGAACGAGGAAGCUGAAGCACUGGCAAAAAAGCUAAAGCUGAGAUUCUACCGAACAUCAGUGAAAGAAGACCUAAAUGUGAAUGAAGUUUUUAAAUAUUUGGCUGAAAAAUAUCUUCAAAAACUCAAACAACAAACAGCUGAGGAUCCAGAAUUAAGGCAUUCAAGUAGUAACAAAAUUGGUGUCUUUAACACUCCUGGUGGGAGUCACUCGGGCCAGAAUUCAAGUGCCCUCAAUGGUGGAGAUGUCAUCAGCCUUAGACCCAACAAACAGAGGACCAAGAAAACCAGAAAUCCUUUCAGCAGCUGCAGCAUUCCCUAAAAUGCUUUAGGCAGUAACAAAUUGUGCAAUUCCACAAGAACUACUCAGUACGUCAAGCUGUCAUGGUAUUACAAGUGUUUUUUAGCAGACGUUGUGUGGCUCUCUGGAUGUUGACAGCCUUAAAUAUGGAUCUGCAGUGCUUUUCAGGAUGGAGUAAGAUCUUUGGUGGAAAAAUUACUGCCCUAGGGACUCAUUUUUAAUUUUUUUACAUUAGACGAAGCUUCUCCUGUUUUUGAGGGAAUACUGUGAGAUGUCCAAAAAAAACAGGUUUUGCUGACUUUUAAAUGCUGGAAAACAUAAAUGAAAUAUCUAAAUAUAUUGCUAUGGAUUUUAAUGUUAUGGGUCAAGGAAAGAUAGCAAGCAUUCUUUUUCUGAAAUUGGUCAUCUAACUUUUCUAGAAAAUAGUAUUGAAUCCAGAUACUUACAAAAAAAACCAUAGAAAGGUAAAUGCUAAGCCUUGUCCAACUGCGAUGUUACUUGUGCAAUAGCUGUGUAAUGUGGAAGGUGGAGGUCUGUAUGCGGAUGCUUGGUACUGGAGUAAAUGGGAAGUGUGUGCAGUAUUUACGGAAACAGACUCUGGUUCAUUCAUUCAUAGAACCCCUUACACAUUGUGUGUAUGUUGAAAGAUUUUAUUUUCAAUUAAGAAAUUCCAGACAUAUUUUGCAAAAGAGAAGUGCUUUGUGCCAAAAUAUCAUAUCUAAUUUUUACAGUGCUUUACUGGCAGAAUUUAUAUUGUUUAUGAUAUCUUUUAAAAGCAGUUUUCCUCUCUGACAGGAUAGGUAAAAGAGGAGUAUAACUGUUUUAGUGCUAGAGCAUCUCCCAGGUGAGAUACUUUGCAAACUCCUUCUCCUGUGUCCCUGCAGAAGGAGGUCCUUAGGCAGAGCGCAUCUGCGGUUCCUCCUCUGGGCUGGGAAGUGCGGUGGUGCUUCCCGUGCCUCUGGCUGCUGACUGAAAAUGCCAUUUUGAACUUCUAGGAUUAUGUUAACAAUUUUCUUAAGUGCACAAGAGAUGAUCUGUCGUAAUCCACAUUAUGGAUUCUAUAAAUGCCCUGUAACUGUAAAGCAUCUUUUUGUUUACACAUUUUUGUAUGGUAUUUUAAGAUGAUCACUUACACAUUUCUAUAACCUUUGAUUUUUACAGCACUUUCUUGAGACCUCUGCCAGGACCAAAUAUAAAAUAAUUUCUUUUAAUAAAUAAUUUUAGUAUGUAUCAUGUGGCAGAGCAUAAAUGUGACUUGAGACAUUAGCUUUUCAACUAAGAUAAUUGCAUGAACUCUGUUAAAACUAAUUAUCAUUCAUCGAUGAUUUUGUUUUUGACCCCUUACAAUAUACUUGGUUUUUACAGGAUUUUGGAAGAUGUAAAAUAACUUUCCUUGGAAAAUGUGCUAUAAUGUCCUUUUUCAUUAUUUGUACUAAAUGCAUAAUGUUUUAUAUAUUCCUUUUGUAUGUUGUCUCUCUUUGUUGUCUAAGUCCUCCAUCUGCACCACUCUCAUCCCCUGUCCAGACCAAUGCUAAGGACCUAGUAGAGUUUUCUGGGCAUGUCCGUGUUAAGUCAAGAGUGGACGUUUGGUGGAUGUUUGCUUUUCACAAUACUGAAAUGAUCUGGCACUAUACAUUUCAAAGUAAUAUAACAUGUUUAUUUUUAUGUCACCGGUUGUCACCGCUCCCGUUGCCGGGCAGGUGCUGGGCAAAACUCCUGACGAUGGUGCCUGCUAGUGAUUCGUCUUUCCUUCCCUGCUCUCUUCAAAUACAACUCUCUAAUUUUUGCACAAAAUGUAUUUUGAGUUUUUUGGUUUUCAGUAGCAGAAAAAUCACAUUAUGUAAUAUGUUGUAGUUGUACUUCAUGUUAAUUAAAUGUGUGUUGGUAAAAGUUUGUUACUGUUCUAUAUAAAAAAUGUAAUCUCUGAUGGUUGCAGUUCCCGAUAUUUGUAAUACAAUUUUAUGUACUUAGUUUUGUCAUUUCUUGCAAGAACUGAAAGAAACCUUUGUAACACAUUUGAAUUUUUAAUUUGCACUUCUGUAUUUUAAAUCUAACCAUAAUUAAUCAUUUAAAAUAAUUAAGUAGGCCUGAAAAUCAGCCACUAGUGAUAAUGUUAAAUACAUCACAAUUUAAUUAAUUCCAAAACCUGAAUUGACAUUAGUUUUCCCCCCUGAGACCCUUAAUUUUUUAAAAUAAGUUUACUAUUAAUUUCUAAUGAACCGUGGUUGCUGAAGAAAACUUGUCUUAAGCUCCAGUAUGUUGUAAAUUUGUGUUCUUACGGGUUUUUUUUACAUUGUGGCUGAUUUUUAGCAGACAGACAUACAGCUCUGUGAUAAUUGCCAUAUAUCAAAAUUCCUGAGGCUCCUUUUCCUAUUUCAAGCUGCCUAUUAAAUAAAAUAGUAUAUUGAAUAGCCCAUGCAAAGCAAUAUAGUUAAAUAAAACCAGGCUAAAUGGUUUUCUUUUCAUCUGCCCAAAGUUGAUAGCAUGCAUGUAGUUUUUAUAAAUAAAGUAAAACUAACAUUACCGAAAAGAGGAUGGACAGACACCUUUCCUCACCGUGAAGUGAAGUUAGAUGGCGGUUUCAGAAGUCAGCAAUAUGGGGCUGGAGAGAGCACUCAUCAGUGCGCUCCACAGAGCCGGGGCUUCUAGGGACUGGGGUCUUUCCUGAAAAUCUUAGGAUGGAGAGUUGGCCUCAGGGCCUAAUGUCCCAACUUUAAAAAAGUGAACUACUUUAUUGUAAACGGUUAAUUUGAUAGAAUCCUUCUCAAAACCUUCGAAAUAGUUAACUGGUAAUUUGCUAAAGUGCUCCCAUUACUGUGUAUCUGUUUCUCUGAAAACAAAAUGAACGGUAAAAAUUUGUUCCACGUUGCACAACAUAAUGAACAGGUAGAUUUAUUCAGUUUUAACUUUUAGUUACGAUUAUGAACAUCACCUGUGCUGUUCCCACUCUUUAGGUUUUCACCCUAAAACAUGUCAGCCUAUCAUGUAGGUGAAUUUAUUUGCUAAGAGAAAAUGCUUAAAAGGACAGUGGACUCUGAAAUGUCCAAUUACCUAACUCCCAGGUGAUUGGAUGGUUUAGCUGUAAUAACCUUUAUUACUACUACUUUUCUUCUCUUUCUUGAAAUAUCUAUAUUAGGAUGUUAGUAAAUUGUCUCAAAAAUAAAACUUUGUAUUAAAAGGAAAGCUCAACUCCUAUAUUUUUGUUACUACUAAAUAAUGCUUUUGUAAAUUUGGAUGGAACACUACUUGUAUGUAUUGCUGUUGGGUUGCAAUUAUGCCCUUGAGCUUAAUUUAAAAUAUACUACUUAAUAAAAAUUUCAUGGAAGAUAAAUUCCAAUAAUAAAAUAUAAA